GGGCGCCAGUCGCCUCUGAGGCCUGACUGAGAGCCGACCGCGGGCGGCGGGCGUAGCUGCUGCCUGGGCGCCAGCGCGGGCUGGUGGGCCCCGCACCAUUCCUGCUCCUCACCCGCCGCGCCCUCGGACAUGGUGGCCCCCGGCUCUGUGACCAGCCGGCUGGGCGCGGUGUUCCCCUUCCUGCUGGUCCUGGUGGACCUGCAGUACGAAGGUGCUGAAUGUGGAGUAAAUGCAGAUGUUGAGAAACAUCUUGAAUUGGGCAAGAAAUUACUUGCAGCUGGACAGCUAGCUGAUGCUUUAUCUCAAUUUCAUGCCGCAGUAGAUGGUGAUCCUGAUAACUAUAUUGCAUACUAUCGAAGAGCUACAGUCUUUUUAGCUAUGGGAAAAUCGAAAGCAGCACUUCCUGAUUUAACUAAAGUGAUUGAAUUGAAGAUGGAUUUCACUGCAGCAAGAUUACAGAGAGGUCACUUAUUACUUAAACAAGGAAAACUUGAUGAAGCAGAAGAUGAUUUUAAAAAAGUGCUCAAAUCUAAUCCAAGUGAAAAUGAAGAAAAGGAAGCCCAGUCACAACUUCUCAAGUCUGAUGAAAUGCAACGUUUGCGUUCACAAGCACUCGAGGCUUUUGAAAGUGCAGAUUAUACUGCUGCUAUAACCUUCCUUGAUAAGAUUUUAGAGGUUUGUGUUUGGGAUGCAGAACUGCGGGAACUUCGAGCUGAGUGUUUUAUAAAAGAAGGAGAACCUAGGAAAGCUAUAAGUGACUUAAAAGCCACAUCAAAACUGAAGAAUGAUAAUACUGAAGCAUUUUAUAAAAUCAGCACACUGUACUACCAACUUGGAGACCAUGAAUUAUCCCUCAGUGAAGUUCGUGAAUGUCUAAAACUUGAUCAGGAUCAUAAAAGGUGUUUUGCACACUAUAAACAAGUAAAAAAACUUAAUAAGCUGAUUGAAUCAGCUGAAGAGCUCAUCAGAGAUGGCAGAUACACAGAUGCAACCAGCAAAUAUGAAUCUGUCAUGAAAACAGAGCCCAGCAUUGCUGAAUACACAGUUCGUUCAAAAGAAAGGAUCUGUCACUGCUUUUCUAAGGAUGAGAAGCCUGUUGAAGCCAUUAGAGUAUGUUCUGAAGUUUUACAGAUAGAACCUGACAAUGUGAAUGCACUAAAAGAUCGAGCAGAGGCCUAUUUAAUAGAAGAAAUGUAUGAUGAAGCUAUUCAAGAUUAUGAAGCUGCUCAGGAACACAAUGAAAAUGAUCAGCAGAUUCGGGAAGGUCUAGAAAAAGCACAGAGACUAUUGAAACAGUCACAGAAACGAGAUUAUUAUAAAAUCUUGGGAGUAAAAAGAAAUGCCAAAAAGCAAGAAAUCAUUAAGGCAUAUAGAAAAUUAGCACUGCAGUGGCACCCAGAUAACUUCCAAAAUGAAGAAGAAAAGAAAAAGGCUGAGAAAAAGUUCAUUGACAUAGCAGCUGCUAAAGAAGUUCUCUCUGAUCCAGAAAUGAGGAAGAAGUUUGAUGAUGGAGAAGAUCCCCUGGAUGCAGAGAGCCAACAAGGAGGUGGUGGAAACCCUUUUCACAGAAGCUGGAACUCAUGGCAAGGGUUCAAUCCCUUCAGCUCAGGCGGACCAUUUAGAUUUAAAUUCCACUUCAAUUAAACCAACUUUUUUCUGCUC